UUAGCAAAGCGGAAGCAGACGCGCUGUCACCGGACAAGGUUCUGUUUGGCCAUCUCAUUUUAACGCCACAUGGAUUUUGUACAAAGUCACGGUUAUUAUUAACACAGCUCUGUCAACGUCGAUUGCAAUUAAUUCGCUACUCUCGUGACUGCUGAUGAAUUACGUGAGGCUGCUGUCAGUGGACCCAUCAGAUCGAGGCUCUCAGAGAUGUAGGCUGGGACCGGACUUGAUGUCGGCUCUUGGCCUGAGUCUGGGCUCCCCUUUGCUUGUGACUGUUCCUGGGGGAAGCUGUCUGUGUACCACCUGGCCCCGGUCUGACCUGGCAGAGGGCUUUCUGCAGAUAAACCUGAAAUGUUGCUCUCCCAGUUUAAUCUCUCAUUCUCUCUCACCUCACCUAAACCUGGACCCCGUGCAGCUCAAGCCUGUGUCCUGCCUCAAGCUGAAAAGUGUUAAGAUAACAGUUGUAGUCCAGAGCGUUGACUUUAAGAAAUAUGCAUCUCAGCAGCUUGUUCAUGUGCUUGGGAAAGACAUGCUAAAAGGGCUUUAUGUCCAUGAGAAGUAUGUGGUGAAUUUAGAGGACUUUGAUACAGAGAUUAGAUAUGUUGUUAUUAAAGCUGUUCUACCAGAUUCUGCCAUUGGUGGAUUCAUCACCUCAAAAACUGGUGUGGAGAUAGUGGAGAUUCAGACAGUCCAGUGUUACAUGAAAAAGCAGCAGGACGAGCACAUGGUGUCACUGGGUGGUUUGGAGGAGGUAAAUGCUGUAUUGAGAGAAAUGUUGGAGCUGCCACUGAUCUAUCCACGUACCCUGAGGUCUGUGGGUGUGUCAUGUCCCAGAGGUGUGCUUCUGGUUGGACCUCCUGGUGUUGGCAAGACCCAGCUGAUACACAGUGUAGCAGGGGAAGUGAGGGCCACCCUGAUGGUGGUUCAAGGGCCAGAGGUGGUGGGAUCACAGCCUGGUGAGAGUGAGGAGACAUUGCGGGGUGUGUUUAAGAGAGCUCGAGCUGCAGCCGAAGAGGGUCCAUGUGUGCUGUUCUUAGAUGAAUUGGACUCUCUGUGUCCCCGGAGAACAGGCUCAUCUGCACCAGAGAAUCGCCUGGUUGCCCAGCUUCUCAUGCUUAUGGAUGGGAUGAAUCAAUCUGAUCGCUUCCUCAUUGUUGGAGCCACCAACCAGCCCGACAGCUUGGACCCAGCACUUCGCAGGCCUGGAAGGUUUGACAGAGAGGUUAUCAUUGGGGUUCCCACCUUGCAGCAGAGAAAGGCCAUCUUGUCUGUUCUGUGUUCAAAGAUGCCUGUAAGUCCCGGUGUGAAUAUGGAAGAGCUUUCACAGAGAUCUACAGGUUAUGUAGGAGCAGAUCUUUGUGCUCUGUGCAGGGAGGCCGCUAUGCAUGCUAUACGGGAGAACUCACAGGUUUCAGGAAAACAGUUAGUGGACAUGAAGCACUUCCAGGAGGCCUUGAAGUCAGUGUGUCCCUCCAGCCUGCAGAGCAGCCUAGGCAGGACAGACCUCUCUCCAGUUUAUUGGGAUCAAAUUGGAGGUCUGGACGAGGUUAAACUUAAACUAAGACAGAGCAUUGAGUGGCCUAUGAGAUACCCUGAGGCAUUUGUUCGUCUGGGUCUUUGCCGACCUCGUGGCAUUCUACUCUAUGGACCUCCAGGAUGUGCAAAGACAAAGCUUGUCAGAGCUGCAGCAACUUUCGCCUACUGUUCCUUUCUGUCUGUCAAUGGUGCUGACCUCUACUCUCCCUAUGUUGGGGACUCAGAGAAGGCAUUAAUGCAGCUGUUUCAACAGGCACGAGCCUGUGCUCCCUGUAUCUUGUUCCUGGAUGAGAUUGACACUCUGUUUGGGUCACGGUCAAACAUGCAGAAGCCUAACAGUGUACAGACACGUCUCCUUUCGGUGCUCCUGAACGAGAUGGAUGGGGUAGGCCUGAAGAGACUAGAGAGGAGGAGGUCAGAGCUGAUUCUUCAGGCAGAUGGAGAGGUGGAGAGUCACACACAGCAAAAGAUGGACUGCCUCGAAAUCUGCAACAAAGAUGUGAUGGUUGUUGCUACCACAAACAGAGUGGAUAUCUUAGACUGUGCCCUCCUCAGGCCUGGGAGACUGGAUCACAUUAUAUAUGUCCCACCACCUGACAAGCAGUCCCGACUUGCUAUCCUAAAGAGGUUUACAACAUCGAUGCCCAUGGGAGAUGAUAUAUGUCUGGAGGAGAUAGCUGCAAGGACUGAGCAUUUCUCUGGAGCUGACCUGGAAAACCUGUGUAAAGAGGCUGCUUUGUUGGUACUGCAGGAGGAGAACAUGGAGCCUUCCACCAUAAAACACAUGUACUUCCUUCAGGCCCUCAGAAAAAUGAGCCCCUCUCUUACCCAGCAGAUCCAGACAUAUUAAACACCAUUUAGAUGUCAAAUCAUUGACAUGUGUAGUUAAACUACUACUACUACACCGUAUAUAUACUGUUAAAAUAAGUAAAGUUUGAUUGUUUA